AUGAACCACAACAUCAGUGCCGGCUUCGUCGAGUGUCCGGCGAUAGCUGGGCUCUUCGACCGCGACGUCUAUCUGAAGCUUGGAACUGAGCAGGGAGGUUUAACCGUUGACGAUUACCUGGAGUUCAAUAUUGUCAUCGUGCGAAGAGAGGAAAAAGUACGUCCACAGGCGAGAAACGUGGUCCAAGUCGCAGCAAACAUUCCUCCACCGCCAGGGAUCAGUGCUGGAACGAUGCAAAGCUAUAUGAACAGUCAAGCGCAGAUGGCUGGUGGAAAUGCAGGUGCUGUUACAACAGGUGAAAUGAUUAUGGGCGUAACGGGUUCGGGAGGUACUCCAGGUGCCGUUCUACCAGGUUCAUCAGGUUAUCAACAGCAGCAACCAGGUGUAGCAGCUGCUGCAAUGCAUAUGGCGGGUACAACACCGACUAUCCCACCAUUAUCGGCUGCUGCAAGCGUACCACCAGGAGCAGCAGGACUAGCUAACAGUCAGCAGCCAAUAACGCCCGCGGCUGGUCCUCAGAGGGCUCAGAUGCAGACCCCGACAACAGCGGACAUUCAAACGGCGGCGAUGAUGCGAUAUGGAGGAUCGGAGUCCAUUGAUCGGGAAUCAUUACAACUGGAUGAGAUGCUGGGUACUUGUUACUUGUAAUUCAUUGGAUGAGAUGUUGGGCACAUGAUGAGAUGUUGGGCACAUGAUGAGAUGUUGGGCACAUGAUGAGAUGUUGGGCACAUGAUGAGAUGUUGGGCACAACAUCUUAUUACCUUUAAUAUAGAUCUUCAUCUCUUUGUUCAUAUUUUUUUUCGAAAUACCACUUUCAAUCUUCCUCUCUACUAUACCUCUCCUAAAAUCUUCCUUAUCAUCUUUUAUUUACCAAUUAAGUAUACUAAAGAAGCAACUAACAACUACUUUCUCAAUGUCAAAAAUCUCUUCACUACAUGAUCAGCGCCCGGUGGUUGUUCCUACCUGCUCUAUCUGCCUGAAGUCGACGUUCCACGAUCCGAAUUCAUCCCCCUCAAGAGCAACCGCCAGCCAGAUUGGCUCAUCUUUGACUUGCUGGACAACUUCCUGUCGAGACACGAGCUGGACCAGGCUGUCCAGCACACCAUGGCGGAGACGUUGAGUUGGCCCAUCGACAAAGCCGAAUUGGUGAAGCGGGCGCCGCAUCUGGCUGGGGUAAUUUUGUUCCACUACUAUAAAUUUGUGAUUUUUCAGAAAUUUGGACUCAAUGAUUUUUAAGAAGAUGGUGUUUGUGUUGUAUCUUGUGGAUACAUAUCUAUUUGAUUAAGAUGGUCGUGUUUGUGUUUUUAUAUCUUGUUGUAGUAUCUGAAUCUGAUUCUGUAUGAUACAACAUAUCUAUUCAUUGGAUCAUCUUGUUCACUGCUAUUCUCAAACUAGUAUCCUCGAACCGAGGGAAACGAUGAAACACAGUUUCUUCAUCAUGUUCAAUUUCUUCAUUGUAUCAAUCUUGCAAAAGAAACAGUCCGCCGACCAAUUGUGGUGUGACCCACUGGCGUACUUCGUUAGCAGGAUUGACAUCGUUAAGUACGACUUCGCGCCGGAACUGAAGGACCGGAGCUCUGUCAUGAUGUGGGGAUUGUUGGCGGUAUAAGUUUUCUGUAUUUUGUCGUGUCUUGGCAUACAACUCUCAAAUCGUACAUAUUUUGUGUCUCAUAAUUGCAUUUGGUACAUAUUUUGUGUCUCAUAAUUGCAUUUGCAAGCACAGUCAAUUCUUGCACACGGUAUGUCUAUGUAUGGGUGUGGUGCGAUCAUCUAAGUAGGCGUUUUCAGAUUUUCUCAACGAAUUCUGACACUAAAUUUGAGAGAUGAUCUGAGUUUGUGCUACGGAAAGAAACGGUAUGAGGUGAUCCCGAAUUCUGACACUAAAUUUGAGAGAUCUACUGAGUUUGUGCUACGGAAUCAAAGACAGUUCUUCUCCUCUCCUCUCCAGGUAACCAAAUCGCUUCUGGCUUUCCACGCUUUCAACGUUCCCAUUGCUUAUCGCAAGUUUCGAAUCGCGAUUAAGCUGAUUGAAGCUAUGCGCCUGUGGGAGCCGAGCGUGCAAGAAGAUCGAGAAUCCUUCAUCGAGUUGAUUACUUCACGGCUGAACUCGAUUUCGGCCCAGGUGAUGGCGGACGAUCAGCUGGAACGUCUGCAACCGAUUGCGGAGUAUGUCAGAGCACGCUUUGCUGAAAAAGUAGAGCAAAGCGGAGUUGGUGGAGGAAGUGCUCCUCUACUUGGAGGUUCCUCGACGAGUCGUGGCGCUGA